AUGAAUAGAUUAUCUCUAAUAACUCACCUAUCUGAUAAGGAAUAAAUGUUGAAUUAAUAUGAAAUAUUGAUAUAAGAGUAUCGUAACUAACCUGAUUCCAUAAAUGUUAUCGCAAUUUGUCUCAACAAUAUUGCAGCAUUAUUAAAUAAAAAUGAGCUUUUAUCCAAAUCAAUUUUACGAUUUGUAAAAUAGCAAUUACUCAAAACACUUCCAAAUGCGCUUUAAUUUAUUAUCUUUAUAAAUUCAGCAAAAAUUUACAACCAACUGGGAUUACAUAGCAAAGCCUUUUUGAAAGCAGAAAUGGCUUUAUAAUUCUAUGAGAAGUUUGCCUUUUCUUAACUAAACUAAUCCGAGGCUGUAUUGUUGAUAAAUGGUUACAUCACACUGGCUAAAUCCUACGAAAUGGCUACAUUCGAAGAUUUGGCUAAAAUUCGCAGAAAAAGCAAACUACUUUAAAAUGGAUUUAAGAGCACUUAAAUAUUCUAUGAAAAUUCUAAAAAACUCCUAGUAAAAUAUGUUGGAAUAACUCAUCCUUUUUAUAAGCAAAUUGUAGGCCUGUCUUCACAAAAGUCAGCUUUGCAAUAGAGAAGCUUUAUAUUUCAGAACGAAUAGAAUUAAAAUUAGUUCGCCUCUAGAAAAUAAACCACUAUCAGAAUUAUGAGAUUAUUGGAUUCUCUUAAAAGUGAUUUACCAAGAAUUGUUGAAUUCUAAGAAAUAUACUCUUAAACUCCAUAGAAAGCAUUUUCAAGGUUGAAAACUACAAAUGAAGAUUCUAUAAACAAAGGAAAGUUCUAUAGAAUUAAACGAAUUAGUAAAAUAGAGGAUGAUUAAGAAACUACAAUUGAAACAAAAAAGAAAAGAAAAUCAUUUAAAAUGACAUCUAUUUCAAAUUUGGAAAAAAUUAUUACAAAUAAAGUUGAAUAACAAGUGCAAUUACAUUUCCAGAAAAAGUAAUAAGAAGAUCAAAUGUCUAAUAGUAAAAUUGAUUUAGAUUAGAAAUAUUUACAUUUGCAAAAUGAAAUUAAUAAAAUUGAAAAAGAAAAAUAGGGUUUUGAAAAGCAAGGUUACGAAUGGAAAUAGUAGAUCAAAUUAUUGUAGGAAGAAAUAAACUAGUUAAGAAUUAAAAUUAUUGAUAAUGAAUAAGUACAUAUCAAGGAAGCAAAAGAAUAGCAUUUUCGACAUUUAGAAUAGAUUAAACAUUUAAAUGAGUAAAACCAAUAGCUCAAAUUAUAAAUGAAUAAGACAUUUCAUCAAGAUAAAAACUAUACUACCUAUAAUAAUAGCAUAGAUGAUCAUUAAUGCUUUUUUUUUACUGAUAAUUUCACUGGAUAAAUGAUCUAUAUUCCCUUAUUAUAGAAUAUUUCUUUUAUUUUUAAAUAAGAAAAUAUAUAAAUUGAAGUUUAAUAGUUGUAAUAAACGUUGAAAUUAUCAGCAAAAAUAAAUGAUAAAAUACUGAAUGAAUUCAUUGAAAUUUCUUAAUUGCAGGACUUUCUGCAAUAUACUUAAUAUAUACAUACACUACCUUAUCCAAUAAAAUAUUUGAAUAAUUUUAAGACAUUUAUACAAUAUUUGAUAGUACCAUUUGUUCAGAUUGUGUCUGAGUAAAAUGAAACUAAAAUUGCAAUUUGGCCAUAACCUUAAGGUUUAUUGUUGGAAUAAUAAAUCAUUUUUCUUAAUGAUAAUUGUUAAUGGUGGAUUCAUAACAUAGGAUUAAUGUGGUUUAGAGUCACUAUUUAUUCUCAAGCUGAUUUUAUCAUAUAAUUAGAUAUAAGAUAUGACUAGAUUACUUUUUAAUCAUAUUUUAAAUAAGAAAAUCUAGAUGAAUAUGAGAUGUAAGAAAAGGAGGAAAUAUUAUAAUAUUUAUCAAAGAUCAAUUCACAAUAAAUAUAAAUAUUAGAAUCCUCUAAGAAUUCAAUUCAUAAUACUUAUUAUUUGCCAAGUGUUUAAAUUUUAGAUAAGUAAAAACUAAUAUAACUAAUCAAUCAAUAGAUCAAAUAUAUUGAAUAAUUUCUUAAUUUAUAGAAUAUACAUUCGACUCAAUAAAUUAAAGUUAACAAAACUGUUUAAAUUUAAUAGAUUUCUAUUUAAUUUAAUGAAAACAAGUCGUAGAUUUAAGCGGUCUUAUUAGAAGAAGGAAAAUGUAUGGUGAGACUACGAAAUUGUUAUUUAAGUCAUGCUCCCUAGAAUAAACAAAUCAAUGCUGAUGGAUGUUUUGAAAUUACAAAUGAAUUCCUAAAAUAGAGAUAUGGAAUCAGUUUCGAUAACUUACUAAGGAAUGAAGAUAAAAUCUAUUUCUAUGAGAAACUCUUAGAAUCAUUCACGUUAUAAACAUUUUUAAAGCCAUUUGAUGAGGAUGAUGAUGAAUUGUUCAAAUCAAAUGGCAUUCUAUUGAGAGAAUUGAAUUUUGGAGGAACAAACAAAAUAUUUUAUGAUUCAAAUAACUAUAAAAUUCCAAUAAAUUUUUCGUUAAUUGGUGCCAAUGACAUCCCGUAAUUUGUUAAAAUAGACCUUUAUAAUGAAGAAUCAAUCGAAUAACACUGUAUAUUACUAAAUAUUACUGAGGAGUAUUGGAUAAGACCAGUGAUAACACAGAUGAAGCAAGACAAGAAGAAGAAAUAGCAAAAGUACAAUAAAGAGUUCAAGGUUGCUGGUCAAUACUAUUUAUCUUAAAUUCUAUAAUAAUGUGGAUGGUUUAUUUUGGAACACCACAUUUAUAUGAAUGAAGAUAAAGACUCGAUAAUCAAAUAGGCAAAUUGGAAUAAUAUAUUAAUAUGA